CAGUCUCUAUCUUUACCGUUUCUCGGCCGAGUUGGUGAUUCCAAGCUUUGUCCCAUCUUCCAUCUCCCAUCUCCAAUUUCUACCUACCACCAGUAUCACAACUCGUCUUGUUUCUUGUUCUCUCUUCAACGUGAUUCACUUACUACCUACCUACCUACCCAAGGUAGUCAGUCAAUAGUUCGUCUUACCUAUUGCAGGUUACAUCAAAAGGUAUUCCCCUGGCAUCUCAUUUCUCUUACCUCUCACACAUUAUUUACACAUUCCUCCCGCAUUCCCUUCUUUCAACCUCGACUUGAACCCUUGAUUCAGCAAACUCUAGUAGAUUCUGUUCUCGAAAACGUAUCUGAUCCUAAUACUUCUAUUAGUAAACCAACGGACUACAGCAAACUCUAGCCGGCACCAUGUAUCUCAUGGCACUCAUCGCGACGGCGAUGUUGCUCUUUACGGGCAUUACCAAUGGCCACUUCACCGUAGAACACCCUCCUACCAUCGGUCAGUUCGACGACGAAGCCGAGGGUGACCAUCCCUGUGGUGGCUACUCACCUGAUAUCACCAAAGUCUCUACCACGGAUUUCCACGUGGAUGGCGAUGUCAUCGCCACUACGCUCACCCAUCCCGAGAGUACCUGGUUGUAUCGCAUCAACAUUGACCCCACCGCACAAGGCAACUGGACCGAAGUCUGGCCCAUCUUUCAGCAGAGCGGCCAAGGCAAAUUUUGCAAUCCCCGAGUCACCAUUCCUCACGAAUUUGUUGGCAAGAAGGGUUUUAUCGGUAUUGUAUCUCAUGCUGUAGACGGAUUUCUAUACCAGUGCUCCGCUGUCCACUUCAUCGAGGGAACAGCUACUACGCCUAGCGACUGCACCAACGGAUCAAGCGUCACGACCAGUUGGAUUUCUGAUGAUCAGCUAACUGCCAAGCUCAACGAGUCUACUCCGUCGUCAUCUGAGCAGCACACUCCCAACUUUGCCGUCUCAAGUAAGGGAGGGGCGUUUCAGGGCUUUUGUGGCAUGCUCACAAUCGGCCUGAUGGUUGUUCUAGGCGUAAUGUUAACGGUUUAAUGCCCAUGGAAAUGAUUGGGGGGUAGGCACGCUCUUAUUCUUCUCGGUGCAUUGAUUACGCAGAGCAAGAUUACCUACUCUCAUGAUAUCCUUAGCCGCAGCGCAAGAUAUCUGGGGCGGCUCUAACGUAUGGCUAGAAGUGGGUGUUUUUACUUCCCUACGUUAUAAGUAGAUACCCCUGAAUAAAUUGCGAAUUGCAUUAUUGCCUUAAU